UUAUUUAAAAAUUUAAAAAAAAUUUGGAUCUUACAGCAAUUUUACAAUUUUAUAUGCAGAUAAGACUAGAUAAAAAAUAGGUGGUUGUAAAACACUAUGAAGCCUCAGGCCGGCAGCUUAGUCAACCAAACAUUAUAUAAUGGAGAAACGAAUCAAGCGCAUUCUAAAUCCAAAGCAGCUGACACAACCGAGAAAUCCUAUGUAUUUAUAAGGGACAGAGACAGAGACGAAGAGACAAGGUACGUGUUCUAUACUGCUGUUGUUGCGGCAGCGUAUACCCUGUUGCAGAUACCCUUUGCUAUCUACAACCUGAAAAAUGACAAAAGGAUGAUCAAUUUCUUGCGGAAAUUUGAUUUCUAUGCGGACGGGCUAAUUAGCCUUCUACUGGGCACAGGUGUCGACGCUGGCUUUGCUGUAACGAAUGAGUUGAAGCAACUGAUAGAUCAUCUUAUCUUUGAGGAUUGGGGUACUGACGACCCAAAAUCUGCUUUUGCUAAUUUCCUGAACAAGGUAUAUGGCGGUACAGGGCUACUCUUGGGUGCAUUUAUAUGCAUGAUUGUGCUCUUAGCACUCUCCUCUGCCAAUCGAAAUGCAAGAGACUCUAGUUUGAAUAACAAUUAUAGUGCUUCCAUUCAACUUUAGUUGUUUUAAUUUAGUUUUUAAUUUUUUAGAUGUUAAUUAUGUAUAUAUGAUUUUUUAAAACCUGUUAAUUGUACUUUUUUUAUUACUUAUUAUAAAAAAUAAAAAUUAAUUUUAAUU